AUGUCCUGGGUUUUUGAGGUGGAAUUUGGGAUGUAUAUUCCCAAAGAAAAGGACUAUCAAUUUAUCCCAGAUAUUGACCUCACAGCAGAUGCAACGACCAGUAAUGCUGGUGACAACAGUGCAGACUCGAGGCAAGAAGAAGAUGACAGCAACUUUUCAGUGAUAACCUGGAACAUUGAUGGGCUGGAUCUAGGAAAUCUGAAGGAACGAGCUAGAGGAGUCUGUACUUACCUGUCGCUAUACAGCCCAGAUGUUGUGUUUUUACAAGAGGUCAUCCCACCAUAUCUUUGUCUUCUACAGGUGAAUGCAGGCAAUUACACUAUUGUUCCAGGUAAUGUAGAUGACUAUUUCACUGUCAUAAUGUUAAAGAAAUCAAGAGUGAAGCUACUGAAGCAUGAGAUAGUACCUUUUCCAACAACUGCCAUGAAGAGGAACCUUUUGGUUGUGCAUGUGAGCAUAUCUGGUAAUGAGCUUUGCCUUAUGACCUCUCAUCUGGAGAGCACUAAAAAUCACUCCAAGGAACGUAUAAAGCAGCUGCAAAUAGUGUUCAACAAAAUGCAGGAGUGUGAGUCCACCACUGUAAUAUUUGGAGGGGACACAAACCUCAGAGACAGUGAGGUUGCUAAACUUGGUGACUUACCUAACAACAUUACAGACAUGUGGGAGUUUUUGGGUAAACCUCAACACUGCCGCUAUACGUGGGACACGCACUCCAAUACCAACCUGAAUGCAGCCUACAAGUGCAAGAUGAGAUUUGACCGUGUGUACUUCCGGCCUGCAGUGGAAGGAGGGAAUAUAAUUCCACGAAGUAUGGACUUAAUUGGUUUGGAAAAACUAGAUUGUGGCAGAUUCCCUAGUGAUCACUGGGGUGUUCUGUGUAAUUUUGAUGUGAUACUGUAGAAAAGAAGAAAGACUUGCUAGUUUUUUUAUGUGACUUGUUCUUAGAAAAUUUUACCCUCUCAGUUUAAGUAGGGCAUAUUUAAAUUUUCAACCUUAACGUGCUCUCUGCUCUUGACUUCUGCAGAAGCCACUUCAUUUCAAGCCAGGGUUUCCUUUUCCUCAUUGUAUGCAUCUGUUCUCAAGUCACAUUUUAAAAUAUUUAUUUUUAGCAACAUCUGCAAAUACUAAAACAAAUUCUAGUUUUAAAGUCGGAGGAAAAAACUAAAUACAGUUCAUAAACGUACUCGGUGGUUUAAAAGAUGCUUUUAUUUUGGCAUGUAUUAUGAUCUUGUAAUAAAAGCUGCUUUUUU